ACAGUAUAUUACAGUACUGUACACUACAUACCAGUGCCCACUGAUUGUGUUUCUCUAUGUAUAUGUGUGUGUAUAUAUGUGUAUGUGAUUACAAGUUUGCAAAAAAAGUUGAAACACACCAGUGCUCCGUACAGUUUAAAAAAAGACAACAAAACUUAUAGAUAGACAGAUAUCUUUAAUUUGUAGCCUUUUUUUUGCAAAAAACAUUACCAUUUAAUGCCCAGACAUAACAUACACACUCACACACUGUCUAUGUGUGACCUGUCUUUCCUCUGCGAUUUUGUACUUCAAAUGAUUGCAUAUAUUAUUACUAUUUUAUAAUUCAAAUCAAAUGUCAAGCAUUUAUGCGUUACGUUUAAAAUCGAUGACUACAUGUCUGUCCACUUUAAGGACUGACUGUUCAAACUGUCGAUUAUCUCCUCCUACUCCUACUCUUCCUCCUCUUCCUCCACAUCCAUCUACCUGUUCAUCUACGAUAUGUUGUUCAUCGCACAAUCGUUGUCAUCAAACUCUAUGCCAAAACUAUGAGAUACUAUCAAAAAUAGGCGAAGGAACCUAUGGACAGGUAUUCAAAGCCAACUGUACGACCACUGGCCGACUGGUGGCCAUCAAAAAGAUUAUCAAUCGCUACAAAACCGAUGAUCACAUACACAAUGAAAUCAAUUUGUUGAAUAAGAUUAAGCACAAGAAUGUCAUCGAACUGAUCGACAAAUUUGAUUCAUCACAGGAUUAUCGGUGUAGUAGUAGUAGUAGUAGUAGUAGUGAUGGUUAUGGUAAGCGUUUUGGUGACAAAAUGGAUGAAAUCAAUGAUAAUAAUAAUAAUAACGACGAUAAUGAAAAUCAAAGACCUAGUAGUGGUCGCCAACAGAUCCACAAAUAUCUUGUGUUCGAGUUUUGUGACUUUGAUUUGCGUGCAAUUCUGUAUGAACUGAGACAACGAUUAUCUUUUGCUGAGAUCAAGAAUAUUCUUCGACAGAUUCUCGAAGGAAUUGCUUAUAUACACGAUCGGCAAGUUAUUCAUCGGGAUAUUAAACCCGAAAAUAUUUUGGUAGACAUUACCGGCCGGGUCAGGAUUGCCGACUUUGGUUUUGCUAAAGCAUUGCAAACGAUCUCAUGGAACGGAUUCUCGUCCAAAGUGGUCACUCUGGCCUACAGAGCACCCGAACUGUUGGUCAACUAUCGGUUCUACGGUACGGCUAUCGACAUGUGGAGUGUCGGCUGUCUGAUGGCCGAACUGUGGUCGCCAGGAGAUGGGCCGCUGUUUAUGGCCACCGACGAGUACGACCAGCUCAUGCAGAUUAGCCGACUGUGCGGACCAAUCAAUUCUGUUAGUUUGUUGGGCGUCCAAAACAUGUACUUCAUGUCCAAUCUCUAUUUACCGCAAAUGUUUCGCCGCAAUGUACGCAAAACGUUUGCCAUCCGAUGUACACCCGAAACCAAUUCUGUGGAUCUUUUCGACAAACUAUUGUGUCUGAACAUUAAGAACCGGGUGUCGGCUACCGAUGCCCUUAAACACCCAUUGUUUAACACUGAACCCCAAGACUGUGAUAUUAGUCAAACGUUGAAAACAUUUUUAAAUAUUAAUAGUAAUAAUAAUAAUAAU